AACGUCAUGACAUGAAUACCUUAAGCCUGCCCCUGAACAUACGCCGAGGGGGGUCAGACACCAACCUCAACUUUGAUGUACCAGAUGGCGUCCUGGACUUCCACAAGGUCAAACUCACUGCAGACAGCCUGAAGCAAAAAAUUCUAAAGGUAACAGAGCAGAUAAAAAUUGAGCAAACAUCGCGCGAUGGGAACGUUGCGGAGUAUCUGAAACUAGUGAACAGCGCGGACAAGCAGCAGGCGGGACGUAUCAAGCAAGUCUUUGAGAAGAAGAAUCAGAAAUCAGCUCACUCCAUCGCCCAGCUGCAGAAGAAGUUAGAGCAGUAUCAUCGAAAGCUCAGAGAGAUCGAGCAGAAUGGAGCCUCCAGGAGCUCCAAGGACAUUUCCAAAGACCACCUGAAGGAUAUACAUCGCUCUUUGAAAGAUGCCCACGUGAAAUCUCGAACUGCUCCCCAUUGCAUGGAGAGCAGCAAAUCGGGCAUGCCAGGGGUCUCGCUUACUCCACCUGUGUUUGUUUUCAAUAAAUCCAGAGAGUUUGCCAACCUGAUCCGGAAUAAGUUUGGCAGCGCCGACAACAUUGCUCACUUGAAAAAUUCCUUAGAGGAGUUUAGGCCAGAGGCGAGUGCCAGGGCCUACGGCGGCAGCGCUACCAUCGUGAACAAACCCAAGUAUGGCAGUGAUGAUGAAUGUUCGAGUGGCACGUCAGGCUCGGCCGACAGUAACGGAAACCAGUCGUUCGGGGCUGGUGGAGCCAGCACGCUGGACAGCCAGGGGAAGCUCGCCGUGAUCCUGGAGGAACUGAGGGAGAUCAAGGAUACCCAAGCUCAACUGGCUGAGGACAUCGAGGCGCUGAAGGUGCAGUUUAAGAGAGAAUAUGGUUUUAUUUCCCAGACCCUGCAAGAGGAAAGAUACAGGUAUGAGCGACUGGAGGACCAGCUGCAUGACCUGACGGACCUGCAUCAGCAUGAGACGGCCAACCUGAAGCAGGAGCUGGCCAGCAUUGAGGAGAAGGUGGCCUACCAGGCCUACGAGCGCUCACGGGACAUCCAGGAAGCCUUGGAAUCCUGCCAGACUCGCAUUUCUAAGCUGGAGCUCCACCAGCAAGAGCAGCAAGCUCUGCAGACAGACACCGUGAAUGCUAAAGUUCUCCUGGGGAAGUGCAUCAACGUGAUCCUGGCCUUCAUGACUGUCAUCUUAGUGUGUGUGUCCACCAUCGCGAAGUUCGUCUCGCCCAUGAUGAAGAGCCGCUGCCACAUUCUUGGCACCUUCUUUGCCGUGACUCUUCUUGCUAUAUUUUGUAAAAACUGGGACCAUAUCCUGUGUGCCAUAGAAAGGAUAAUAAUACCAAGAUGAAGCCGCUGGUUCCUGCCUUCAUGUUCUUUCAAGUUUUUAUUUUAAAGAAAACUCUGUGCAUACUACCAAAUUUUACAAUGAAUGAUUGUGCGGACUCGUGUGCAAGAAAAACUAGGGCUGUGUGGUGUAAAUAACUACAAUUCUCUUAACUCGGUAGCAGUUGCCAACUCAGUCCUUGUACUUUGUUAACACGAAUCUAUUUCAGAGCUCUCCUACCUUGCUCACUGCCUUAAUCAGACCGAUUUCCUGCCCACCUGACUAGCCCAGCGUGGUAAACCUCUGUAUAUCGAGACCUUGGCGUAAUUGGUGAUCCAGAAGAAAGGUCUGUCUCCUAAGUCUCUGUCAGAAUGGAGCUUCACAAUUGCUAAUGGUUGUUUUCUGUGAGUCCUAUAAAAAGCAAGGAUAUGCAUGAUUCAGGGAAUGAAGAACCACAGGCUUGGGCAGUGUUAAACACUGUGGCCUUUGGUCCCCGUGUGAUCCACCCUGCUUGUCUCCAGGCAACCAUAGGUCCCGUCAUGUACUCAGUGUCCACAGCGGUCAGGCGUUUGUGACCCUGUAAGAUGGAAAUCUUAUCACACACCUGUUAUCCAACAAGUCUACCUGAGGGGUUUUGUUACACUUUAAAUGGUAAGACAUAGGGAUUUAUGAAUGGAGCUUUCCCUUUCUCAUACGCAGGAAACAGACACCUGAUUUUAUCUGAACUGGCUAGCAAAUGGCCAGCCUUCAGAGUGUGCAGGAAUGUUUUCAGAUCCCUCAUCAGACUGUGACUUUAACAUUAAUUUGGAAUCCCGUGAGCACUACUCUGGAGGUUUGUGUUUUGGCAAAUCUUUUUUUUGUUUUGUUUUGUUGUUUUGAGACAGUGUUCUGCUAAAUAUUGCCCAGGCUGGUCGCAAACUCCUUGCCUCAAGGGAUCCUCCCACCUCAACCUCCUGAGCAGCCAGGACUGCAGGCACAAGCCACCAUGCCUGGCUGUUUUUUGGCAAAUCUUGAUUGUGAUAAGCCCCCCUGGAGGAUAUGAUUCACUUUAUGUGAUUCAUUUUAUUCACAGGUCUGUGAGGGACUGCAAAGCUUACUCAGGAAAUGAAAACAAAUGAUGGUCAUGUUGCAGUUUUUUCCUUGAAGGACGACGGAAUCAUAGCCUCUAAAGUUAAAGUGGACUGAGGUGUCAGAACACUGAAAGCAUGAGGAAACGAGGACAUGGGGUGUGACUGAGUGGCAGCUAGAUUAGUGGGGGCAAUUUACCUGGAUGAAGAUUGAGUGUCCUUUUCAAGAUGUGAAAGGCUAGCAAGAAUAAAAUAAAUAAGUCCAGUGUUUGAGCCAAGGUUGACCCCUGUCUCUUAACAUCUCACUGAACGUAAGUCCUGAGGUACUAGGAUGGCCACACUGCCUCUGCGCUGAAAGCAUUCAAAAGUUCACAUCCCUGUUUGGGGGAUACCGUUCACCACCUUCAGCCUAGAUGAUACUUUCCUUUAAAUCUGUGUCUCUGUGUAUAUCACAAAGAGGAAGAUGUAAACAAUGUUCAUGGAAACUGCUGUUGAGCCCCUUGUCCCACCACU